AUGAAGUUGAACGGAGAAAUUUCCGAUGGAGAACAAGAUCAAGAGAAAAUGGUGGUUGGUUACGCCUUAACGUCGAAGAAGAAGAAAAGCUUUUUAAAGCCAAACUUUAUUGCCCUCGCAAGGAAUAAGGGGAUUUCCUUUGUUGCCAUUGAUCUAAAGAAGCCGCUGUUAGAACAAGGUCCAUUUGAUGUUGUCUUGCAUAAGUUGCCAGGAAAAGAGUGGCGUGAGAUUAUUGAGGACUACAGGCAUAAACAUCCCGAAGUAACCAUCCUUGACCCUCCAGAUGCAAUUCAACAUUUGCUCAAUCGACAAUCCAUGCUACAAAAUGUGGCAGAGCUAAAUUUAUCGGACUGCCAUGGCAAGGUUGGGGUUCCGCAACAGUUGGUUAUCACUAAAAACCCGUCUACUAUUCCCUAUGAAGUCACCAAGGCUGGAAUGAAGUUACCAUUAGUUGCUAAACCAUUAGUUGUGGAUGGGAGUGCAAAGUCACACGAAUUGUGUCUUGCUUAUGAUGAAUUGUCUCUUUCAAAGCUUGAACCUCCACUUGUUCUUCAAGAGUUUGUUAAUCAUGGUGGUCUUCUUUUUAAGAUUUAUAUUGUUGGUGAAACUAUAAAGGUUGUGAGGCGUUUCUCUCUACCCAAUGUUAGUAAAAAUGAGCUAUUGGAUGUUGAUGGUUUAUUCCGAUUUCCAAGAGUUUCAUGUGCAGCAGCUUCUGCAGAUGAUGCUGAUUUGGAUCCAAAUAUUGCAGAACAUCCACCAAGACCUUUAUUGGAGAGGCUUGCAAGAGAUCUACGUCGUAGACUGGGACUCCGCUUGUUCAACAUUGAUAUGAUACGGGAACACGGGACAAAGGACAUGUUUUAUGUCAUUGAUAUCAAUUACUUUCCUGGGUAUGGAAAAAUGCCAGAGUAUGAGCACAUAUUUAUAGAUUUCCUACUUAGCCUCGGGCACAAUAAGUGUAAGAAGAAGGACGGUACUUAA